AUGUUUUUCAACGCCAUUCUCCCCGCUCUUUCCCUCACUCUGCUCUCUCAAGCCACUCCUAUUCCCGAGGCCCGCCCUCUCGGCGUGAACAUCCCUCUCCACAAGCGUGGCUCGCUCACCACUCCCCACGGUGUCUUCGACCAUGCGAUGGCCGUCAAGCACGGCGCAAGGAUCGCAAACAAGUACCGCAGGAACCUGAUCAACAUCAAGGCGAACACUGGUCACCUUCCCGAUGGCGUCGAGGCGAUCCCAGAUCCCAAAGUCGCUGCCCAUCCCCUCAAACGCGCCGGCGUUCCUCUCACGGACGAGGACCACGACGUUCAGUGGGCGGGAAAGGUUGCCAUUGGUACGCCCCCGACCACGUUCCUAAUCGAUUUCGACACCGGCUCGUCGGACCUCUGGGUUCCGUCUUCUGCAUGCACCUCCUGCGGUUCCCACAAGAAGUACAACCCCGCAAGAUCCUCCACAAGCUCGAAGAAGAGCGGCACCUUCGAGAUGGUGACCGUAGGCGGCAUUAAGGCGACCGGCCAGUACUUCUCCGCUGUCACCACGGAGUCGUCUGAGUUCACAAGUGACGUCGUCGACGGCCUCAUGGGUCUUGCCUUCCCGCAGCUGUCCAAUCUUAAGCAUAAACCGUUCUUCAACACCGCGUUCUCCCAGGGCACCGCCAAGCAGAACGUCUUCGGCUUCAAGCUCGCCACGACCGGCUCCGAGCUCUACCUCGGCGGCACCAACUCCGCGCUCUACACCGGCGCGCUCGAGUACCACCCCGUCUCGCCCUCGUCCCUCGGCUUCUGGCAGAUCACUGGCGCGAGCGCGUUCGCGAACGGCGCCCGCGUCGCCUCCGGCUUCCAGACCGCGUUCUACGCCGCCGUCCCGGGAGCGAAGGUCUUCGACGCCGCGAACGGGCUCUACCAGUACCCGUGCGCGCGCGCGCCGAGCGUGGCGUUCAGCUGGGGCCCCACCGGGAAGGCGUGGGCGGUCUCGAAAAACAACUUCAGCCUGGGAGUGACGAGGGCCGGGUCGACGUGGUGCGUGGGCGCGCUCGCGGGCCAGGACUUUGGGCUGGGCUCGAACGUGUGGCUUCUGGGCGACAGCUUCAUGAAGAACGUGUACACCGCGUUUUCGUUCGCUCAGAACUCCGUUGGGUUCGCUAAGCUGAAGUGA